AUAGCCCCCCGGCCGAAUGCCGGCAGCUCCCGAAGGCGAAGGGGGCAGGAUGAACUGAGCGGCCCUGCCUCCCGCCCACCCUGCUCCGAAACCACUCCCCGACAAGAAAGUCACCAGGGGGUGGGGAGAUGGUGACAGCUUCAGGAAGCCGUCGCCGGUGCCGGCAGAUACCGCGGGGCAGUAUUCCCCCUGGGUGGCAGCUGCCCGACGUUUCCGACACUCCGCAGCCAACACCGCCGCCGGCAACCAUGGGCUCCCCGCACCGCCCGCUGCUCGCCCACGUCUUCAGGGGGACCUUCGUGCACUCCACCUCCUCCUCGCCCAUGGAGAUCCUCCACGGACACCUGCUGGGGGUGGACGAGAGAGGGACGAUUGUCUUUUUGGAAGAAACUCAUCAACAAGAGCAACUGGCUAAGAAGUGGGGAUUCAAACCAUCUGACAUAAGAGAACUGAGUAAUCAUGAAUUCAUCAUGCCAGGAAUGGUUGAUACACACAUUCAUGCUCCUCAGUAUUCAUUUACUGGUACAAGAGUGGAUCUACCUCUUUUGCAGUGGUUGACUAAAUAUACAUUCCCAACAGAAGCCAAGUUCAAAGACAGUGAUUUUGCAGAAGAAGUAUACACCAGAGUUGUGAGAAGAACUCUAAAGAAUGGCACAACGACAGCUUGCUACUUUGCAACAAUUCACACAGAUGCGUCUCUUCUUCUUGCUGAAAUCGUAGAUAAAUUUGGUCAACGAGCCUUUGUUGGAAAAGUCUGCAUGGAUCUGAAUGACACUGUGCCAGAAUACAAAGAAAUGACUUCUGACUCUGUCCAAGAGACAGAAAGGUUCGUUAGAGAACUACUGGAAAAAAGGUAUGCAAGGGUACAGCCUAUCAUAACCCCCCGCUUUGGCCCUUCCUGUACAGAGGAUUUGCUGUGUGCUCUUGGUGAUUUAGCACAGGCUCGCGAUCUGCACGUGCAGAGUCACAUAAGUGAGAAUGAAGAAGAACUCAAAAUUGUGGAGGAAUUGUUUCCUGACUGCCAGAACUACACUGAAUUGUAUGAUAAAAACAAGCUGCUUACCAGCAAGACAGUGAUGGCUCAUGCCUGUUACCUUUCUGAAGAAGAGCUGAAGCUUUUCAGUCUUCGUGGAGCUGCAAUUUCACAUUGCCCCAAUUCUAAUUUUUCGUUAAGCAGUGGUGUCUUAAAUGUGCAAAAGGUCCUGAAACACCAUGUGAAGCUUGGGCUUGGCACAGAUGUUGCUGGGGGAUAUUCAGCUUCCAUGCUUGAUGCCAUCAGGAAGACAAUGAUAGCAGCUAAUACUCUGCAGAUUAAUAAAGUGAAUGAGACAGGACUUACUAUUGCAGAAGCUUUUCAACUUGCCACUCUAGGGGGAAGCCAAGUCCUAGGACUAGAUGAUGUGAUUGGAAACUUUGAAGUCGGCAAAGAAUUUGAUGCGCUGCUAAUCAACACCAAGGCUUCUGACAGCCCUUUCGACAUGUUCUCUACUGACAAAUUUGAGGACACUCUCCAGAAGUUCCUGUAUCUAGGUGAUGAUCGGAAUAUCUCUGAAGUGUAUGUGGCUGGAAAACAAGUGGUUCCUUUCUCAAGUUCAGUAUAAAUCCACUUCCUUUUUGCAAAAUACUCCACUAAUCAUUCUGCAUCUGAUUUGGAAACAAUUGAUUGAACACAGUGCCUAAUUAUCAGGAAUAACACCUCAUUUUUGUUUAACGUUUUAAAACUUGCAAUGUUAGAAAUUUGUUAGACCUUUCAAGAGUUACUUUACCAAAAAUUUCACAGUUCGAAAGAAAUGGAUAUUUAAAUUAAUCAGUAAAAAUAGCAUGUAUGCAUUGAUAAGAGAUUUGGUAAAUAUCUUCACUACAGAGGACACCUACUGUUCUUUUUGGUACUGGUGUAGGAAGCAUUACAAAGAGCAAUGAGACUCUCAUUGUCUAUAAUGCACCUGAUUUUAAAAAAAGCCAGUGCUAGUGAUUUGAUUUUCCACAUAAUGUGUAUAAUGGAAAAAUGCAGUCUCCAUAUUAACACAAAGUAUGGAAAAAUCAGUGAUAUUUGGGGACAUUCUGAAUAUUUUUCUUUUCUUUUCAGGAGCUUUUUUUAAAGUAAUUAUUUCUUUUAAAGCGUUAUUUUUUAAAAGAGAAAUUAGGUCAGCUUCUUGCAGAACCUUCCCAACCUCAUUUACCUCAUCCCCACCUCACUGUUCAGACAGGAUGUUACUAUGUCUGUUCUCCUUUCUUUAAGGAAAGUGAGUGGGUUUAAAAUCCAAGAGAAAUAGGCUAUUUCUGGCCAUUAGCAUCUUCAGCUAAUGGCCAAAGGUGGAAAUUCCCACUGGAAAAAGCAGCCAAGCUUUUUCUGCCAUUUUGUGUCUCUCAAGGUGGCAACCAUAAUUCCAGCCCUGCACAAUUCCAGGUAAAAAAAUGUAAAUGUGCACUUUUUGGUUUUGGAAAUCUGUGUGACUUUCUUUUUUUUAUGUAUUUUAAAAAGUGUAUUUCACUGCAUUUUAUCAGAGAAUUCUCCUCCACUCCCAAGAUUACUUUGAGGAGGGGAUUGCUUCUUGUUUCUUUUUUAUGUUUUUGCAACACAGGGGAUAUAGGCUUUAAUUUUCAGUGUCAAUAGAGACAAUAUUGUAUUGAGUUACUAUAAACAUAUAUUGAAUAUGGGCUUAAGGCCCACUUCAAAAUCGUUUGAUUUCACUAAUGUUUGUUUCCCACUUUUAUCUUGCUGCCUGGUAAUAGAAAGGCACAAGACAUCCCUCUGCUCAAAACACAAGAGAGGUCACUGCAACAACCACAAUCUUAGUUCAUUUCCACUUCUGAGAGUGUUUGGCCAAACACCACUGAUAACUUUCUGAUUUAAAAAGCAUUUUCAAGGCCUUGUUUAUAGCUUUACUGGUGUCUAAUACCCAGACACUAACCACAUUUAGAAACAAACAAAAAAAAUCAGCUUUUUAAGCAUCUUGGAGCAGGAGCUGUGCCUGAAUAGUGCCAUGGGCUCCCUGCACAGCCUUGUAGUGCCCCAGUCUCGGAGGACUGAGGACCAAGACGGGUAACAUUAGAUUAAAUGCUGAGCUGCUUAGGAGUAAAAGAAAGAAGCCUUAAUUUGAAGUGAGAGAAAGCCAGUGGAGGACUUAAUUUAACAAAUAAAGUGGGAAGUACUUUCAACAGCUACAUCUUAAAUAGAAUUGAAUGGAGAAAGUUUGUAAUUACAGAAAAAAUAGUUGAAAUGGGGUGUUCUGUGGUAGUCCCAAGAGCUUGUUCAGUGGAAGAUGGCUUAGACACAGAAAUUUGAGUCUUAGGAGAUACAGAGGAUGCAGUAGCCAAACUUCUCUGAGGCAAAUUGUGAAAGGUCACUGAAGAUCCCUCUGUAAAGUUUUGGUCUCUUUGGGACCCUGGCUAUGUGUAGAGUGCCAAGAUAUUUGAUGCAGUAGGAGAGGAUGAAUAGAUGAAAGUGAUUACUGCUGAGACUCAUACCUCUACUCUGUAUGCAGCUUCAGACCACAUAUAAUCUAUUUCCUUCUGUAAAUGUCCCCAUUGCAUAUACAAGCUAAGUAGGUGGUUCAGACUCAUAAUGGCUCUUUUAGAGGCCUGAGUAUAUUUGUCAUGCAGCUGAGCCUCCAGUGCAGUUUCCUUAAAAAUAAACUUAAUCCUUGUGUACCAAAGCCAACCUGCAAACAGAACCAAAACUCAAUAUAGGAGGAUGACUGGGAAUUCACUUUGAAACACCACUACUGUCUCAAAACAAAAUUCUGAUGAAGGCUAGUACUUGGACUAUUCCCCCUCUGUCUUUAUUGUUACAGGAUUUAGUAGCUAGAGACAAAUUAAAGCAUCCUCCUUCCCUUUUCCUCCCACUUCCAAAAAAACCAAACCAAAACAAACCAAAAAAGUCUAAAAUUAGGCAACGCAACACUAAGGGGAUUGACACAGUGCUACUGACUUAAGAUAAAGCCUCUGGAAACAUGUACACACAACUGUUUCCAGAUGUCACUGCCGGAUUGUGAAUAGAAUCUUUGUUAUUCACGUGUCUUUGUUUAGCACACCAUUCAGACAAAGGGAAAAAUACGUAGUUUGCUGCAAUCUUGCUUGUUGGGGCAGUAUGCUUAAUGCAGUCUAAAUGCAGAUGAGCUGUUAGUUAUGAUAAAGUGAAUGUAUUGGACUAAAUGUUGUAUGUAGAUCUCAUUGUGCCACUUCAGGCUUUGAUUAUUAGUGAAAUGCUAGUAAGUAUUGCCUGUACUUUAUGCAGCAUUAUAUGAAUUGUUCAUGUAUGGCAAGUGGAGUUUUGCACUUUAAAAACGUUGCCUUGGCUUAAUGUUUAUAUAUUUAUUCUGUGAUUUUUGUGCAAUAAGAAAGCCUGAUAAGGGGAAAAAUGUGUAUUUGUUCACUGCACUGAACACUUUUGGUAUUGUAAGUGGACUUCCUUUUAGAAAAAAGUUACAUUAGAGUGACCCCAUUUAAAAGUCUGUCCCUGAUUAUUAUUGAGUAAUAAUGGAAAAUUAUGACUUUAUGAAAGCUGAUAUGAAUGGUAGUGUUUUAUUUAAACAUACUUACAGAAAAUUAUUUUUUAAUUGUGAUUAUGCAAUGAAGAUUAGCAAAAGGUAUUAAUUCUUGACAGUUUUACAGAGCAAAGGAGAAUAUAACUAUUCCUGAUUAUAUAUUUAAAAAGAAUUCUCUAGUCUUGGAAAAUAAUAAUAAAAAAAAUCCUAGUUUUAAAAGGAAAAUAUGUUAACAACAUUAUUAUUAACAACAAUAUAUUAACAGACAAGCUGUUUAGAAAUACUGCUUUGAGCAUUUCUAUGAAUGAUGCAUAAGAGUUGAUGAUGUGGCCAGCUUUUAAAAUAUUGGAUUUGUAUGCACAAAUGAUGCUGCCUUAUCUUUAGUCCUGUAUGUAGCAGUGGUUACCUGUUCUCUAAAAUGAUGGUCUAAAAGCAGAAGGUAUUUGAAUUAAAAAGCCAAGGGAUUUUGAAAAAUUUUAAAAAGAUCUGGAAAAAAAUUAAUUUGAGAGGUGGUUUCAAGAGUGGUAGCAGAACACUAUAUAAUGCAAAGUAGAAAGAAGCUAGAUCAGAGGAACUCAUCAAAACAAAAUGGUCUGUUAGUGAAGAUUUAGGUGAGAAAUGGUCAGGAAGGAAGAUACAUUUUCAGGCAAUGUUUUGUUAAAUCAGGGACAUUGUUCCUUCUGACAGUAACUGAGAGUCAACAACAGAGCAGAUUUCCAAAGCAGUCACUUACAUGCUCAAUAAUAAAAACCCAAUCAAGUGUAUCUAAUCAUAGUGUAAUUAUAUAACACUUUCCAACCUCUCAGCCUCUACUGCAAGAUUUAAAUCAAAAUUACCUGUAACAACUCCAGAAGAAGCCUAAUGCAGGAACACAUUAACCUCUAUCUUCACCUGCCCUGUGAAACUUUUGGCAUUGGCCAGGUCAGAGAAUGAACGGGUCUGGUUCCGGGGAAGAAUCUCUGUUUCUGCUUUCGUGUGCCCCAAAUAUCAUCCCCUGUCACUUAUCUUGUGUCACAGUGGGAUGACUAAGUCCAAAAUUGGAAGAUAAGUGUCUGGUGUCACCAGAGAAAAUGAAAAUAAGUGGUUUUAAAAAUCAGGUUGUUUUGAACCUAAGUAAAAAUCAGGUUGCUUUGAAGCUAAGUGCCUCACAGAAAGUGCAGCGUAUUUUAAAUUACACAAGCACAUACCUAACAGUGAAAUUCGAGGUUCAAGGAACUUUGGCCUAAAGCUGGAGGUCUUUUUAGGCCCUUUUACUGUGUGCACAACAACUCGUGCUUUGCUAAACAGAGAAGCCAGCAAAUGACAGCAGCAAGGCUCUCAGUACAAAAAACAGUAAUAGUGGCAGAAAACCAGUUCCUGGGAUGCCAAAAGGACAUCAGCAACAUAAAUAACAAUCUGUUGUGUAAAGUUAGCAGAACUGUUAGUUUUUCUCAAAAGUCUGAGCAAAGUUUUUGGAGAGCAGUUUCCUGGAAAUUUCAGUGGAAAUUCUUUCCUGGAAAAUGCCCUGACAGUGUCUGUGCUUCAGCCAGUGAGGUUCCUGGUAGCCUUUUUAGAGGCAGCCACUUCUGUAGCAGUGAACACAAUAGUCUUGCCUAGACUCACACUUUCUCCCCUGGUCAGGCCUCAGAAGUGUGUAUUCGCUUUAAUGCUGGCUUUGGACUGUGGUUUCUCAUAGAUCUGGUUUUAGUUUGAAAAGAACUAUGCUGAAUGAGUGGAGUUUGGAGAAGUGUAAAGCUAAAAGGCAAUCUUACACCCUCCUGCCUAGCACUUCAACUCAGUAGGUAUGUCACAUCAGGUAGACUUUACAAUGUUUGCACAGUUCUUGUGCUCUGUGAUUUGGCUAAAUGAUAUGUAUCAGUUGGCAGCAAUUAAACCCAUGCAAGACCAGGACAUAAACUGUGAACAGCUGACCAAAGCAUCAAAAUGUUUUACUUUGAUCUGCACUGAAGUCACUGAAGGACUAGCUUGUAGGUGCGUUUGGGUACACAAACUCCCUGGACAUAAUCCUUCAGUAGGAGGGACCUGUGUUAGUGACAACUGAAAGCUUUGAUCUCUGUGUCCUAUUUGGCCUUGCAGGACUGGGUUGUGUUUUCCCUUAGCAGCUUUUAAAAAGUGGUUGCACAUACUCCUGAACGCAGGAUAUUUGCAGCCCUUGCUUCAAGGUGAUCCUUCUUUUGCCAAAGGAGUAAGUGUUUCUGAGUCUGGUCCUGGUUUUGUGUGCUCACUGCCUGUUGUGCCUAGGCUCUGGUUCUUUCCUUUGUGAAAAAUGCCUAACUAGAGUUAAUGUUGUUGAUCUUAUCCUUCAUGUUGUACUGUAGUUUCAAGGAAGAGAAAUGUAUUAGGAAAAAUAGUUAAUAUGAUUUUGAUUUCCACUGUUCUGCUUCGUUUUCAUCAUGCUAAUAGGUAGUCAUGUACUGUUGAAACAAAAUAAAGAGGCCUUGUGUUUACUGCAA